GGCGGUCCCCACUCGGCUGUUCGCCGGUGUCAUGGACUCGCAGCGGGAAGAAUUGCAAAGGAUAAUCUCAACACUGGCAAACAAAGAUGAUGAAAUACAGAAUUUCAUUGAAACAUUGAACCACACUUUAAAAAAUGUACAGGUUAAUACUGCCAAGGUUUUGUUAGACUUAGAACAAGAAUUUGGUGCUCUCCAAGCCACCCUAAAUGAAAUGAAGGACAGUAUGACUAACAAAAUUAAACAAGAACAAGCAUACAAGAGUCAGGAACUCCAGAACGAACUGACUAUAUGCAACAAUGCAUUGGAAGGUUCGGAGGAGCUGUUGGAAUAUGCAAAUAGGACCCUGAGUACAAAUGACACUGAAGCUUUCACUAAGGCUGCCAAGCAGAUCAAAGAUAGGGUAACAAUGGCUCCUGCAUUUCGACUAUCUUUGAAACCAAAGAUUAGUGACAACAUGUCUCAUUUGAUGGUUGAUUUCUCCCAGGAAAAACAAAUGCUAAAAUCACUAAAAUUUUUACCAGUCCCACGAGCUCCGGUGAUAGAUCCGGCUGAUUGUUUAGUUGCUGACAAUUGUGUAACUGUAGUGUGGAGCAUGCCAGAAGAUGAUAAAAAGAUUGAUCAUUACAUAUUAGAAUACAGAAAAACCAACUAUGAAGGACCUCCCAGAGUUAAAGAAGAAAGGAGCUGGGAUGCCAUUGAUCACAUCAAGACUACUGAACACACACUUUCAGGAUUAAAGUUUGAAUCCAGAUAUAUGAAUUUUCGAAUAAGGGCAUGCAAUAAGGCUGUGGCAGGGGACUAUUCUGAGCCAAUAACCUUGGAAACAAAAGGUUUCAACUUUAACUUUGAUGCUACAACUUCACACCAGAACCUAAAAGUUGAUGAUUUUAGUGUUGAAUGGGACUCUUCAGGAGGAAAAGGGCAGGAGAGUAAAAUAAAAGGGAAAGAAAACAAGGGCAGUCGCCAGGUUUCUUUGGUGAAGAGGAACAUGAGAAGUGGUACGCCGUCACCAAAAAGGACAUCCGUGUCCUGCCGACCAGGAUCAGGAAGGAGCAAUCGUGAUCGUUUUUCUGGUGAAUCGUAUACAGUAUUAGGAGAUGCAGUGAUCGAAAGUGGACAACAUUAUUGGGAAGUGAAGUCUCAAAAAGAUUGUAAAUCCUAUAGUAUAGGUGUGUCGUACAGAAAUCUUGGAAAGUUUGAUCAGCUGGGGAAGACUGUUACAUCAUGGUGUGUUCAUAUUAACAACUGGCUGCAGGCAUCCUUUGCUGCUAAACACAACAACAAAGCCAAAAUCAUGGAUGUGCAGGUUCCAGAUAAAAUAGGUGUAUACCUUGACUACGAUGGAGGUCAAAUAUCCUUUUAUAAUGCUGAUACAAAGCAAUUAUUACAUACUUUCAAGGCAAAAUUUACUCAACCAGUAGUUCCUGCAUUUAUGGUCUGGUGUGGUGGCCUAAGCUUGUACACAGGACUCCAAGUACCAAGUAUUAUAAAAUCCCUCCAGAAGGGUGAAGGUGGAUUGAGUGGCUCUGCAAACAGUUUAAUUACUCUUGUUCAGUAAUCAAGUGCAUGAGAGUAACCUACAUGGAGUGGUGUGAUUUUUAGUUUUUCACUAAUUUGAAAAUCUGUCAUACAAACAGUAGAAGUCUGGAUACGAUGGAACAAUCCCACUCUUUGUUUCUUCUUAUGCACCCAGUUACAUCAGAAGUUUUCAGUGUGUACUAGAUAAGUGCUGAAUCGUAACUCAGGGUUACAUCCAUAGUCAACCAUGCCCAUGUGUUCAUGAAUUUCAAAACCAUUCAUUUCUGUAUAGUUUACAUGCACUUUAGGUUUUUAACCUCUGUGCACUCUGUACUCAUGCCAUUAUUCCUUUAGCUAGAAGGAACAUGUAAAAAUCACAAAAGGAACUAAAUUGAUUCAUUGACUUAGCAUAUAAAACUGACCUAGAGGAAUGGUGGAGAAAUGUUUCAUUCCUCCUUUAGGGUGAGGUAAAUUGCCUAGGAUGUCAGGACUUGAUUGCCUACUGGAAUUGGAACGUUUGGUGAUCAAACUGAACGCAAUGAUUGCACAAAACUACAAAAACACCAAAGCAUGAUAUUUAAAUUUCCUUUUCAGUGUGUACAUGUUUUAAAGCUGCCUUAUUUAAUGCAACUUGAAGUGUAAAUUAAGGAAAUCUAAAACCAUAGCAAGGUAAGUAGUCAUCGUAAAAGUGUUUGCUGGUGAGGACUUUUCAUUAAUACUGCUUCAUCAUAGUGCAGCAUCACAAUAGUUAAAUCUCCAAACUCCUUGGAUGCAGAGUUGGAUUUUACCAAUAAAUUAACAAAUGAAAUCAUUAGUGUACUUCAUGAACUAUAUUAACUAGCACUGGAGAAUUGUUGAACCAGUUGACUGGUAAAUUUGCAUACUAACGUACUGAAGUUGUGAACUAAUGUGGAAUGACAUUUAACUUACUGAGCUGUGUAAAGAAGAAACACUAUACCCUCUCUACAAUGCACAGUGUGCAUGCUGUCUGUCUAAUAUUAGUGCCUAUGAAGCUAUGGCUUCCUUAAGAUGUCAGAACGACAAAUAUCUUGUAAAAGUCUCAACUUUCAUCCUUAUUGUAUAAUGGAUGAAUUUGCCAACUUAUAUCAUAUUGUUCCCGUACUUUCAUCAGACAACUUGUUUUUUCUGACAGCAUUAUUCUACUUUGAAUUAUUUCCAACAUAUCCUUAAUCAUCAUUUCCAAUCAAUCUGUCAAACCAUCUCAUUGAAUUUCUGUUCCCAGGGAGCUCCUAGCUCAAAUCUGUGUUCUAACUUGCAAUCCAUGGGUCAAGACAGGGCCUUGUUGUUCCUGUUAGAACUGAUGAAUCUGGAUUUUGGAUCAAAUUGUAAUUAGUUGUUGACAGUUUGCCACAUCACAUCUCUGAAUCUUAGGUUAUUUACUUGAAAAAAAAUACUGUUAAGCAAAACGUGGAAGUGAGCAUCAUUUCAAGUCGUCAUGCACUUUAAGAAUGUCAAAUGUUUAUUUCCAUUCCAGUUUUUGCUCUCCACCUUCAUCCAGGUAGCUUUUAUUUAUGUUCAAUUUAUUUUCUAAAUAAACUUGCAUUACUAUAUUUUGUAAUGGUUCUAAAUGGUUAGGGUUUAGUUUUACUAGUUUACUUCAAUUCCAGAAUACCAAUUAAGAUAAAGGGAGAGAUAUUGGAAGAAUCAUUCAUUUAGAGAUAGCAGCAGGGCAAAUGAUUGCAGGUUUAAUAGUGCCAGAAGGCAAAUAGCUUAGCACUGAAACAGCUAUUCAUCGUGUUCUCGAUUUUAGUCAAAGAUGUUUUGUCAGCACUGUAAAUUCAUAUUUCCUUUUAAUGAAGCAGGAGAUAUCAAACCGUUAUUAAAUUAUCCAAAUGAACCUGUUAUAUCCUUCUCAUAUUCUUAAAGUACAAAAUAGUAAUUAUAAAUUAUUCUCUCAGCUGUAUUAAAGAAUAUUACUAAGUGUGAGAUUCAUUUUACCAUUGAUUAGCAAGUGCCUAUAACUUGGUGUAAACUACUGUUAUACUGGCACCUACUACAAACUGAUUGUCAGCAUCUACCCUUUUCAUUGUAUUAACCUUUAGUUUUAUACUUAUUGCCUAUGGUUUCUUUGGGAUAUGUAUCACUUGUACAAUAAUAGGCUAAUUCCUCCACUGUGUUAUCUCGAACAUUAGUCUUUGUCCUAAACAAAAGUAGCGUAAUGUCCUAGAAUGAAUAAAUGACACAUUGAUAAGCAUACAAUUCAAAUUUAUUUAGUCAAAUUUUAAUGCCUCAAAUAUUAUCUCCAAUUUUACUCCUGUUAAUGUGAAUGAAUUGAAUAUCUAAGCUACUUAAUGCAUUUGGCCUUAUAAAAAGGAAGUAUGGUGAUAGUGUUUUUGACCACUUAGUGUUUCUGCUUUGGAAGAUGCUGAUCAAGUAACCAUUUAUUUCAAUUAGAUAUUUACCACUGUAAUUGUGCCACAAACUGUAUAAGUUCAUCAGGAGGAAGUAUAAUGACACUUUUAAAUGUAGAUAAUGCUUACUGUAACAAGUGUUAUGAUGAACUGUUCCAAGUGAUCCUAUUAGCGAUUGUAUUAUUGAACUGCAGCAAGUAACUUUGCAUCUUUUCUCUGCAUUGUGGGGCUUCUAAUUUGUCCUCUGCUGUAAAUUCAUCAGAAGUACUUAUUGUUGGCUAGAGUUGUGUAAUGUAUGCAAGUGAACUGUAAUUACGCAGACUGCAACAAUACAAUUAUAAAUGAACAUCAUGUGAUCUGCAAAUAUGCUGCAAAAGUUCACAUCUCAUUUACCCUGUCUUGUAUUUCUCUUAUUCUCCACUACACCAUAAUUGAUGCAGAGUUACUAGCAUUUGGUUUAGGUCCUGCUGAGACAACAGUAUCUGUUUUAAAUUGAACUUUCUUGUUUUAAUAUAAUGCUUGUUUCUAAUUGUUACAAUUGAAUAUUCACCCCUGCCCCACCCCCCAAGUCUGUAAAAUAAGAGUGCUUGUAUCACAGAUGUUUUAACUUUCAAUAGUAGUUUAAUUUACUCAGGGUUAGAGUAAUUACCAAAUAUACAGCAAAAAAAUAGUGGUAGCUAUGCCAUCUGCACAAUAAAACCUGCUUUGAAAACAUUGGUCUGCAUUUAAUUAUUUAUAGU